AUGUCGCACCCUCACCGUACCCGUUUCCAGGCGCGAAGCCAGAACCCGAGCCUAGUCAUCGAAGGAGACGAUGAUUUCCCGAUCGAUAUCGGUGUGCCGACUCAGCAGAGUGAACCUGCGCGGCACGACACUUCCUCCGAAGAAGGUACCGCUCACGGUACGGUGGACAUGGAGGUUGAUUACGAAAAUCUGACCCUGGAAGAGCUCGAGAAGGAGCUCGCUACGAAGGAAGCAGAGAAAAAGAAACGAGAAAUCAUCCAGAAACUCAAAGGGUUAAACAACCCCUCGCAGGAUGAGACUCGUAGCGAGGAUCUCGACCCGGAGACCCUCGCACUGCGACGUAUUGAGGCUACCAGACUUCACGCGCCUCGUGAGGAUACUCGCAUCAAAACGUUCCACGGUCGCUCGACCCAGGAAUACGACACGUUCCAGAAUAGGCUGCGUAACUACUUCGAUACGCACCCUGUCUGGUUCGCAUAUUCGCCGCACAAGGUGCUCGCAGCUUCGCAGUACCUCGCGGACGACAGACAUAACGAGUGGCAAUCUCACGUUGAGAAGCUCACCCGACAGCCGACCUGGGAAGAAUUCCAGGACUUCUGCCUACGCUUCGUUAACGAUCCCGAAAGUAUCUAUCGCGAUGCUGUGCGAGAUUAUCACCGAGCGUAUCAGAAACCAACCCAGAGUGUUCGUGAAUUUGCAACGCAGCUAGAUAGGAUCCAUCGACGCCUACGACACCCGUACGGAGACGUACAUCGCAAGGAACACCUAUGGGCGAAGGUGCAAGAACAGGUGCGAUCCGAGGCCAUGAAAUACCCGGAACAGCCAGAAACAUACGACGGCUAUAUCGCGCACCUUUGCACUGUUGAAUCGCAGAUCCCAGAAAGGAAGCGAGCAACAAAAAAUGAAGCGACUAGGUUUGAGAGCAAAAAUGAUGCCAACCUUAGUUCGCGAAUUACAAACGAUAAUUCGGGCACCCGUGCGAAAUCGAACACGGGACCACGGCCCGCGGGGAUGGCUCGCAGGGGCCGGAACCAUGAAAAGAAUUCCAAUGGCGGCAGUGAUGAAAGAAACAGGGGUUUUAAACGGAAAAGGGAGGAUCACCUCGACACGAGUGCGACCUCGCACCCCUACAUCACUUGCCACCACUGCCAGAAAAAAGGGCAUUAUGCACACAGUUGUCCAAGUGCACCUAUGGAUCAGUCACCUAAGACAAAAAAUGGUUAA